AUGAAGUUCUCGAAAAAAACAGUUACUUAUUUGGGCAGCGAGGACAGAAGAGCUUGCCAGCUUGUUUGUUGUAACUGGUCAAAGGCUUUACAAGCAGCUGUGUAUGAGAAAGUGGUGCUUGACAGUUUCAGUCAGAUCACCUCUUUUGUACGCACCAUAACUACCUCGUCUUGUCAUGUAGGAAACUAUGUCAAAAAGCUCUGGAUCAAUGAAGUCCUUGGUUUAACUGUAGAGGAAUGGGAUCGACUGGACUGCUUUGGUGAUUUAGUUGAAUUUUGUCCUUACCUUGAAGAACUCAAGUUACUGGGAGCCAGUGGCUCUUAUUGGGUUAGAGUCAUGCGAGAGCGUUAUGAAGGUAACUGGAGAUAUUUGAACAAGCUACAAUUUCCAACCAGUCGCGAGGAAAUUAAAUGGUACAAUUAUGUUGUAUUGUCGAUGCGAGAUACCAUCAAGACAAUCAUUAUCAGUGAUGUAUUGUUGUCUGAAGAGGGACGUUUACGCAAGAGGCAGUUUGACAUGAUGAUGAGCAGACUGCAUGAAUUUGAGUAA